CGGUAGCGCGACUAUUGUCUUAACGGCAUAACUGUACUCUUCCUUUGUGCGCGUGUGUUUAAUCGUUAAACAACAGAAUUUCUAAACACUUGAAAGUAAAAUUUCUCUCGCAUCAGCUUUCUAUCCGAGCUAUCCAUCUCCACCGUCAGACAUUUGACAAAACUACGAACCAGUCGGAAGAAGUUUGCGGAAACUACCCAUCUCACACUGUUUCAGGGGCAGCCCUCACACCUCACCUCACCACCAGAGUGGAAACAGUUGAACUGGGGUGCUGAUAAAGCUGUCUGAGGUCUUGAGAGGAGCAGUUGGAGUAAAGAGCACAGUGUUGCACAACCAGGGAGCGCCAGUCUACUCAACUGAUUAUCUUCUCUCCCUAUUUUGGACUGUCCGGUGGAGAUACUCUGCCUCCUUCCAAGGCCACUGACUCUAGUUUUUGGAAAAGGAACUUCUGUUUUUCCUCAAUCCCACUGACUAACUGCUCUGUGCUGAAGGAAAUCUGCCAUUGAGCACUUUGUGAUAUGAGGGGGUGUGUGGAGGGACAGGCAAAUAUUGACAUUCAUGGUAUCUGUGUGACCUCAGAGAAGGCUGAAAACGUCCUUAGAUUCAGAAUGGCAGUAAGGGAGACACCAUCCUCUUCAGUACAAUACAGAGAGCAACUGUUGUCUUUUGGUUACGAGUUUCCUGAGAGGUGCAGCUCUCAGCUCCAGUUCCCCAGUUUAUGUCAAUUGCCUCCAGCAGAGGACCACCAUGACUUUAAAUAUUGCAAACAGUUUCACAUGGACUGCAGAGCAGGAACCCCUUGGGACACCAGGUCCAAGAGCUUGGAGAGCCUUGACCGUUUGUGCAGUGAUGGCGCCUGCUGUAGCUGUGCUGCUUCAUACCAGCAGGCAGAGGGACUGUGGUGCAGUCAGCCACGCAGGACAUGUGGCGGGCCAGUGGAAAUGGAGUGGAGCUGCCAGGAGGCUGCCUCUCCCACUGGAGGCCAGGGAGCAGUGCCUCAGAUGAGCCAGACCCAGCCGAGAACAGAGGGGUUUUCUUCUGGCGUGACUCACCCUGAUGGAAGGCUGCCAAGCUCAAGAGGCUCGGGUGGUGCUCCAUGCCAGCUGGAAACCGACACAGCGGAGCAGGGGGAAAAGAGGCUUGCCUGUGCACUUGGCGAUGGGAGAAAUGGUGUUCCUGGGCCCGUGUCUGUGCCUUCCCCACUGCUGUUACACUGCACGCAUGGCUGUGCCUCCAGGCUGGGGGCUGCAAUGCGUGACCCUGCAGACUCCAGGUACGGCUGCUGCUGCUGUAAGAGUAGCUUCUCCAGCCUUGAGAGGCUGAACAGGAGAUCGCAGGCCAAGCGCCCCAUGGCGUGCUGCAUGAGGACUCCCUGUCAGGUCUCCGCGGCAUUGAGGCUGUCGUUAGCCCAGCACAGCGAUAGUGAAGGCACUGUCUCUGACAGCGAGUUUGUGCACAACAGGAAGGAGCGCUCCACUGUCCUGGUUAGGAGGUACCAAAAGAAUAACCAGAAGAUCAAGAAGACUGUGUGCACUGGCACCAGAGCCAUUGUGAAGGCUCUACCCACAGGCCAUAUAUCAGAGAAAACAUUUCACGCUGUUUGUAGAACAUGUCUCGAGAGGAAGGCAUGUACCUUCGUAGCCUGUAAUUACAGGAGAGUGCUUCAGGCUAUCCAGCUGCAGGUCUCUAUGGUUCUUCUCAUCUGUACGGGCACCAGACUGGCAGAGGUCCAACAGGCUUUCCCUGCCCUGAGCGCUGAGGUCCAUCUCCUGCACCCCUCCAGGAAGCUGCUGGCCCGCUCUGUGGCAUGGCCUGCCACCUGCCCGCUGCAGACUAAGUACCGGGCGUGCUGUUCCAGGACCAGUGUUGCAGCCUACCUGAGCGGAGUCCUGCUGGAGGUCCCGCCCACCCUCAGGGCCCGCGUCAGCCAGCCCCCCGCCGGCUCCCCCUGCAGACUUGUGCUGAAAGAGCGCCAGCUCUGCGGUUCCAUGGCCAGCCAAGGUUCCCUCUCUCCUGCUGUGACAGGCAUUAGUAAGGAGCUUGCUGACCUGCGCCACCUGGUCCAGUUCCCAGAGGAGAUAGCCAGCAUUUUGACCGAGCAGGAGCAGCAGUUGUACCGCCGUGUGCUCCCCAUCGACUACCUCUGCUUCCUCACGCGUGACCUGGGCAGCCCCGAAUGCCACAAGCGCCACCCACACCUCAAGGCCUCCCUGUCGGCCCCUACUAUGUCCUUGCAAGAUGCCCAACACAACGCCGUGGAGGACUUGGUGACGCGCUUUAAUGAGGUGAGCUCCUGGGUGACGUGGCUUAUCCUGACGGCAGGCUCUAUGGAAGAGAAGAGAGAGGUUUUUUCGUGCCUGGUACAUGUAGCUAAGUGCUGCUGGAACGUGGGCAACUACAACGCAGUGAUGGAGUUCUUGGCAGGUCUCAGAUCUACCAAAGUGUUGAAAAUGUGGCAGUUCAUGGACCAGGCAGACAUCGAUACCAUGAGAGGCCUGAAGGAUGCAAUGGCACAACAUGAGUCUUCGUCUGAGUACAGAAAAGUGGUGAAGCGUGCUCUUAACAUCCCUGGCUGUAAAGUGGUGCCCUUCUGCGGAGUGUUUCUUAAGGAGCUUGGUGAAGUUCUCGAUGGGGCUGCCUGCUUAAUUGGACUACGUCCUCCUUUAGAUUCUCAAGGGGACUCAGUUGAGUUUGUGGCUGACUACAAUGGCCAACAACGUUUCCUGCACAGAGCUGGUGGUGACGGGCUGCAUAGCCCAGAGAAGGAGGCCACGGUCAGCAACAUCCUGCAGACCAUCCGUAGCUGCAACCGUAGCCUGGAACCCGAGGAGCCCGAGGACAGUCCUCACAUACCCUGCACUGCCUGCAAGGAGAGUCCUCACGUAUCCUGCAUGGCUUGUAAGGACUCGUUCAAAGACAAGAGUGUACACCCGAAAACCCCAGGCCAUGUUUUAUUUUUUGUUGGGGACCUGUCAGACUCUGAGGGGGAUGUGGGAGAACAGCCCCAGGAGUUGGACAUACAGAGCCCAGAGGAGCUGCAGAGCACCUUUAGCCAUGGCACAGAGCUCAUCCCCUGGUACGUGCUGUCAUUGCCUGCUGACGUCCACCAGUUCCUACUGCAGGGAGCCACUGUCAUCCACUAUGACCAGGACAGCCAUCUCACCGCCCGCUGCCUCCUGCGCCUGCAGCCUGACAACUGUACCCUGACAUGGGCCAAACCGCCAAGCAGCUGCCCACCAAGCAGCGGGCCUAGAGGCUACCUGCCGGAGUCUCUGCCCCAAGGCCAGGCUGUCUCAUGUGGCCUGGCCGAGGGCUUUCUGGACCUCGAAGCUGUAAAGGCCGUCUUCAUGGGCCACCCAGGCAUGGAUGUCCACUUUGUGUGUUUGCAACAUAAGUUGUGCAAUAUGACUGCAGAAGAGAAUGGUGUCACACUGCUCUAUGGCCUGCACACCACUGACAACAGGCUGCUACACUUUAUGGCACCCAAACACACAGCAGGUGUGCUGUAUGGUGGUUUGCAGGAGCUACUGAGUGCACUAAGGAAGAUCAAGAAGUUCCCUGACCAAAGGUUACAGUGGCUGCGCAGGCAGUAUGUCAGUCUGUACCAGGAGGACGGUAGGUUCGAGGGGCCGACGCUGGCCCAAGCUAUCCAGCUUUUUGGAGGUCGCCGCUGGAACAUGGCCGCUGGCGGCCCAGGCCCUAUCAGCAAGAAUGCAGAGAAGUCUGCUGCCCAAAAAAACAGCCCACUAGGCAUCAGCUCCACCACCACCAAGAAGAAAAAGAAAGCCCUCAUCAGGGGGGACAGUGGAGAUGGGACUGACGAUGAAAUGAUUUCACGUAAAACCAAAAGCUGCAAGGAGACUCUGGGAAGAAGGCCAUCAGAUCCUUUAGAUGGUGUGGAGGUGGAAGAGAAUGGAUACUCCAGUCCUUUUGGCACAUCAGGACCCUUCUCCUUACCCAAAGCCCAGUCUCUUGGAACAUCAUCUUCCUCCUGCUCCUUCACUAUGAACACUCCUGGCCCCACCCGGCCCCACUCCUCCCCCAUCCUCCCUUGCAGCUCUAAAGGCCAACCUGGUGGGAGAUCCUCUGUUCUCAGGUCUUGGAGUAGCAGGAGCUGGCAUGGCCGGGGAAAGGGCUGCUUUCAGAACCUCAUGAUCUCAGACAGCACCAUGAGCUUCAUUGAGUUUGUGGAGCUCUUCAAGUCAUUCAGUAUCCGCAGUCGCAAAGACUUGAAGGAGCUGUUCGACACCUAUGCUGUGCCCUGCAGCCGGUCAGGCCCUGACUCAGUGCCCCUAUACACCACACUGAGAAUCGACGACAAGGUGACAGGUCUGCAACCUGAUCUAGACCUGCUGACCCGGAAUGGUUCCGACAUGGGUCUGUUCAUUCGCACCCGUCAGCAGAUGUCGGACAACCAAAAACAGAUCUCUGAUGCUAUUGCCGCUGCCAGCAUUGUGACCAAUGGCACAGGUGUAGAGAAUGCCUCCCUGGGAGUGCUGGGCCUUGGCAUCCCUCAGCUCAACGACUUCCUGGUCAAUUGCCAAAGGGAACACCGGACGUACGAUGAGAUCCUGAGCAUCAUACAGAAAUUUGAGCCUUCUUCAAGCAUGCGCCAAAUGGGUUGGAUGUCCUUUGAAGGAUUUGCCAGGUUUCUGAUGGAUAAGGACAACUUUGCCUCCAGAAAUGAAGAGUCUCAAGUAAACUUAGAUGAGCUGCAGUACCCACUGUCUUACUAUUACAUAGAAUCCUCACACAACACAUACCUCACUGGGCACCAGCUGAAAGGAGAGUCCUCAGUGGAGCUCUACAGUCAGGUUCUGCUACAGGGUUGUAGGAGUGUGGAGUUGGACUGUUGGGAUGGAGAGGAUGGCAUGCCGGUUAUUUACCAUGGCCACACACUUACCACCAAAAUCCUCUUCAAGGAUGUGGUAGAGGCCAUUAAUCGCACUGCAUUUGUGAACUCUGUGAUGCCUGUGAUCUUGUCCAUUGAGAACCAUUGUUCUCUACCUCAGCAGCGCAAAAUGGCAGACAUUUUUAAGGCGGUGUUCGGAGACAAAUUAGUGACCAAGUUCCUCUUUGAGAGUGAUUUCUCAGAUGAGCCUCUGCUCCCAUCACCUCUGCAGCUCAGGGGGAAAAUCCUCCUCAAGAACAAAAAACUAAAGGCACAUCAGGCCCCUGUGGAUAUCCUUAAACAAAAGGCUCUCCAGCUAGCACACAUGCAAGCCCAGGCCAACAAUGGCACGCCCCCUGGCACUUCACUUGGCAACAAUGAUGACGAAGAGGAGGAGGAAGAUGAAUAUGACUAUGAUUAUGAGUCACUUUCUGAUGAUAAUAUCCUAGAUGACAAGCCUGAGGGGAAGUCGUCAAGCGAGAAACUUCAGUAUGAGUCCAACGAUGACAUGCCGAAGAGGUUUAAGAAAGCUGGGAGUAAAGGCAAGAUGUUCGAUGUGGAGCUUGGAGAGGAGUUCUACCUGCCACAGAAUGAGAAGGAGAGCAGGCAGAUUGCCCAGGAGCUCUCUGACCUGGUCAUCUACUGCCAGGCUGUCAAAUUCCCAGGUGGUCUCUCUACUCUCUCCCCGUCCGGCUCUGGAAGAGGAAAGGAUCGAAAGAGUCGGAAGUCUAUCUUUGGCAACGCUCCCAUUCGUGGGAGCCCCGGAGAGCCGGUGACCCUGGUCCGAGGCUCAGGGAAAGCCUUGGUGGAGGGCACACGUGCGAGCGUGGACGAGCCGGGCCUGGCACCCUCUCUCAGCGCCAUCAUCCGCACACCCAAGUGCUACCACAUCUCAUCGGUAAACGAGAACGCGGCUAAACGCCUUUGCCGCCGCUACUCGGCCAAACUGAUGCAGCAUACGGCAGCCCAGCUGCUGCGUACAUACCCGGCAGCCACGCGCAUUGACUCCGCCAACCCCAACCCGCUCAUCUUCUGGAUGCACGGCAUCCAGCUGGUUGCCCUCAAUUACCAGACGGAUGACCAGCCCAUGCAUCUUAACUCAGCUCUGUUUGAGGCCAAUGGGCAUUGUGGCUUUGUCCUGAAACCUCCAGUGCUGUGGGAUCGUACCUGCUCCCUGUACCAGCAGUUCAGCCCACUGGAUAGAGACCUGGAGCACAUGAUCCCUACCCUCUACUCCCUCACUGUGUUGUCCGGACAGAACGUGUGCCCGGGCAACAGCAAUGGCAGUCCAUGUGUGGAGGUGGAGGUGCUGGGCCUGCCGGCAGAUAACUGCCACUUCCGUACCAAGCCCAUCCACCGCAACACACUCAACCCCAUGUGGAGCGAGCGCUUCACCUUCUCUGUGUACUUUGAGGACCUGGCCUUUCUGCGGCUGGCGGUGGUGGAGAACAACAGUUCCCAGGUGACUGCACAGAGGAUCCUGCCCCUCAAGGCCCUCAAACCUGGCUACAGACACCUGCAGCUGAGGAACCUGCACAACGAGCCACUGGAGGUCUCCAGCCUGUUUGUGUUCAGCCGUAGGACGGAGGAGAGCCCUGCCAGUGGGAGCCAUCCAGCUGCCGUGUUGUUUAGCUCAGAGGCACGACGAGCAGGACAUCAGCACAGGGUGACUGUCUACAGUGCACCAGGCCCCGAGCCCUUUACUGUCCUUAGUGUGGGCGAACACACCACAACUAAACAGCUCCUGGACAUGUUGGUUCCACAUGCCUCUGCUCACUACUUCCUGAUGGAGGAGAGGAUACUUCUGUCAAAGGAGAAGAGUGAUGCAAAAAGGGUGCCUCAACAGCGCCCCCUAGUGCAUGAAGAGAAGGUCCUCAAAACACUGUAUAGCUGGCAACCAGAGGAGGGCUAUGUGGGCCGGAUGUACCUUAAAACAAAGGAGGAGAAUUUGAAUGAGAGGAACAUGGUGCUGGAGAGAGCAGAGGAGGUGAGCAGCGGAGGAGAGGAGGACACUUUCUUGGUGCAGGUCCAUGAUGUGUCUCCAGAGCAACCUCAUACAGUCAUCAAAGCCCCACGCUAUAGCACUGCACAAGACAUCAUUCAGCAGACGCUCUGCAAAGCCAAGUACUCCAUGAGCAUCCUGAACAACCCCAAUCCCACUGAUUACGUCCUGCUGGAGGAGGUGAGCCGUGAGACGGCCGGCAGGAAGGUGUGCUCAGGAAAGCCGAGUCAGCGGGUGCUGCUGGACCACGAGUGUGUCUUCCAGGCCCAGAGCAGGUGGAAGGGGGCUGGCAGGUUCAUCCUCAAACUCAAAGAGCAAAUUGCCCGUGAGGACAAACGGAAGGGCGUGUCAUUUGCCAGUGAACUGCGCAGGUUGACAGGUCGCAGUCGCAGCAUGACAGUGAACGGGCCACCUUUACCCGAGCCCUCACACAGUAAGGAGGAGCGCGCCACAUGGCCCAGCGUGACACCUCCACCUGACGUCACCGACUGAACGCAAGCUCUGCGCACGUGUGUGUCUGUGUGUGUCUGUGUGUGUGUGUGUGUGUGUGUGUGUGUGUGUGUGUGUGUGUGUGUGUGUGUGUGUGUGUGCGCGCGCAUGCGGUCAGUGCAUGGAGCCCUAGCCAGGGUCUCUGUUAUCAGCAAGGCCAAAGGCUUGUAUGGACUCUCAGAGUGGUGGGGGAAGCCCCGUCAGUGUUGGCAGCGUCCCGUGCGGCUCACCCCCCUCAGCUUGGUCCCUCCCACUGCUGUGGAACUGGAAGCUGCAUGAGUCCAGGCCCACGGCAGCGCUGGAAUGGGCCCGCUCUCUUACAAAGCUUCAUGCAGGCUUUACUGAAGCCAGUGUGGAACAGGUUUCGUUAGCCUGUUCAGCUACGUUCUAGAGUCCUGAAUGUGCUGGAGAACGCAUGGAGACGCAGCCUUCCACUGAGCAGAAGGCACAGGGCAGGAUGGCAUUGGGUCAACUGUGGAGAGUCGUGCUGGCUGUGUGGUAGGAGCAGGGCAGUUAGGUGUUCUCUCUCUUUCUCCACCUCCACAUAAAUGACUUAUUACAUCGCAGAACUAAGUAUGUAUUCUUGUACUGCAUUGUUUGUGGUUUUGCACAUUGCUGUUGCUUUAUUUUUAAAAGUACAGUCUUUUUUUCUCUUUGGUUGCACAACCAUACACUCUUAGUACUCUUAUCAAUAUCUUAUUUAUGUGCUUUCUAUUUAUUUUGAGUAGAUGCUCUAGUUGAUUAAGACCCUAGCAAAAAAUACAUUGACCUGCUAGUGAUUUGGGGGCAUUUAUAAUAAACAACAUAAUUAAUUUAAUUAUAAUUUAAACUAUAGUUCUAUACUAGAUUCCUCCUACACAAAUAUUUCUGGUAGGGGUAGGAUUGCAGUAAAUGUACAAUUUGAUAAUUUUAUUUAUUGGGUGGGUAACUGCUCUAGUAUUUUGGAAAUUAUGCCCUAAUUUCUAAGGCACAACUUUUAUUUUAGUGAACAACAAAAUGGCUUUACAGCAAGUCUUUCAUGUGUAGUGCGAUUUUUUUUUUUAUUUUUAAAUGUUCUUGAAUAAAUAAAUAAAAAUUAAUAGCACAAUAUGUACAAUUUGACUUUACCUUUCAAGUAACUGAAAGGUGUCACUGACGAGAAUUCUCUUUAACCUGAGACAUGAUCUUACUUUUAAACACUUGCGUUGUAACAGAUUUGCAUGUGGCUCCAUUUUAGAAAGGUUUUUGCCCCAGUUAAUAAGUAUGUGAGACAUUUUACAUAUUGCACAAAUGUGUCGUUUGACUAACUAAGCACUUGCACUUCAUAAAGUAAACGCCCUGUCCACAAUCUUCAGUGUGACUGAGCUACAUUAAAUGGAACAGUUCAGCAUGUUGUUUCCCUUACUACCUCUACUAACCCUGGUUUAAUAUUUUCUUGAGUAAUAAUUGUCGUUUUUUUUUUCUUGCUUUGUUAUGUUACUUGCUGUGAUGUGUACUCAACCUGACUGUAAAUUAGAAUUUGGAGUAAAAUGGAAACAUUUCACAUGAAGGUUGGGAACGUUGCUUGUUGACUUUAAUGUUAUCGAUUGUCUUUAUUUUUUCUUUCUGUUUACACCGUCUUUAUAUUAUUUAUUUCACACCUUAGCCCAGGUUGGCUGUGUUUUUCUCUUGUACAUGUAAAUAAGAAAAUACAACUAUUAAAUGCACAUCUCUUAUUUAUUUUGGUGGAUGUAAAUAUUCCCUCAACCAGUUCAUAAUGUAUCCAUGUAUAUUGUUUGUACUUUUGUAUUUUAGAAUUUAAAAAUUACAUUGAUAUUGCAUUUGGGCUUUUAAACAUUGUCACGUAGGUUCUAAUGUCCAUGCUUGUGUACUUUAGAGCAUUGGUCUGCUUUUUGUUAGUCGUCCAUAAUUACAUGUAUUUAAACAUGUCAGCAAUGCACCUAAAAAAUUAUUUAUUUUAAUGGCUGAGUUAGAGCUGGUGUGUUUGUCACCAUCAGGACUAUAGCAAUUCUUUCUUUCUUUCUUUUGUGGCAAUCUGGUGCCUGUUCUGUGACUACUGUGGAUUAAAUUACAUCAAUCGUACAGUAUAUUUUCAACAAUAAAGUGUUGUAAGUCUU